AUGUCAAAUCUCGCGAAACUUGAAUUUGUGGCUCUUGAUAUUACUGGAAAGAACUAUUUAUCAUGGAUAUUAGAUGCUGAAAUCCAUUUGGCUGCAAAGGGUCUUGGUAAUACUAUCAAUGCCGGAAAUAAUGAAUCGGAUCAAGAUAAGGCCAAAGCUAUGAUAUUCCUUCGCCAUCACCUUCAUGAGGCUCUAAAGAAUGAAUAUUUAACUGUUAAAGACCCAGAGGUGCUUUGGAGUAAUUUAAAGGAAAGAUAUGACCACCAGAAAACUGUGAUACUUCCCUCAGCUCGUUAUGAAUGGCUAAAUUUAAGACUGCAAGAUUAUAAAUCUAUUAGUGACUACAACUCAGCCAUGUUCAGAAUAACCUCUAAACUGAAACUACGUGGGGAAAAAAUAACUGAUGAUGAGAUGUUGGAAAAGACUUACACCACCUUUCAUAAAGAUAACCUCCUUCUAAGCAAACAAUAUCGUGAAAAGGGUUUCCAGAAAUACUCUGAACUCAUAUCUUGUCUACUUGUGGCUGAACAAAAUGAUGAGCUAUUAUUAAAAAACCACGAGUUACGACCUACUGGUUCUGCACCAUUCCCUGAAGCGAAUGCUGCAUCCCAUGAUGGAAAGAUAAUACAUAAUAAAGACCAUGCCAGUAGCAGGGGUCAAGGCCGUGGUAGAGGUCGUGGCCGUGGAAGAGGAUAUAAACGUACUAGAGGUCGAGGUGGUUAUGGACCUAGUGGAGGUCGAGGUGGUUAUGGACCUAGUAGAGGUCGAGGUGGUUACUCCAAGAACUCCUAUUCUCACCAGAAGUGGGACAAUAAAAAUGGUACCAAACACGAGAAGGAUAAUGCGACCAAUGUGUGCUAUCGUUGUGGAGGAACCAGUCACUGGUCUCGUGUAUGUCGUACCCCAAAGCAUCUUAUUGAUCUCUACCAGCAAUCAUUGAAGCAAAAAGGAAAGAAGGUAGAGACAAAUCUUGUGUUCGAGGAUGGUGAAGGUGAUUUUGAUCAUGACAAUGCAACGCACUUGGAAGUUGCUGAUUUCUUCACCACCCCCGAAGGGAAUAAUUGA